AAUAUCCUGUCAGUUUGGUCAGCAUUUAUUAUCACUGAUACAGUGUGUGUGAGCAAGCCUGUUUAGCCCGCGCUCGUGGACGCCGCAUUAGUAAGUCGAUGGCACGUGUUAGAAACUGUUCCAAACUUACUGCGAUUGAGAUUUUAUUCAUUUUACCUGACUAGCAACUUUAGGAAACGUUACAUGGAUUAUGAGCAUCACACGUCUCCAUACAAAGCAGCAUCUUUGCUGGAAAGCAAGAGUAAGGCUUCUGUUCAGGUUUCAGACAGUUUGAGAGGAGAUUAAAUGGCUCGAACUGCUUUUUGAGAGGCAUGACCUAUUUUUGAUCAUCCAGAUAUUAUGAGAUACUGUCUCCCUAGAUUAGAUCCGCUGCGUUUGUGUGGCGUGUAAGCUUGUCUUAGAAGAACACAUGUUUGUAUUGUGUGCAGAGACAAAGCGUUGUCAGGUUGCCUGUGGCUUUGACAGUGACAGCUGUACAUACAAGUCCACUGAGCCUAAUGCACUUAAACAUUGACUCCGUGUUCCAAUAACAUGUUUCAGCAAGUCAGUCGAGUAUUUUAUUGCUUCCUGUUCGGCGGGGCUCUCGGUUAACGCACAAGUUUGAAAACUCUAUGCUAAUUCUGAAUGCAGUCUGACAGCAGAGCAAAAUGACAGCUCAAUCCUCGUGUUACAGUUGGAAGGCAUGUUCUCGAUUCGUGCAAAUGCAGCUGGGGCAAAAGGUGAACCCUUUUUGUCCUGGUUUUCUGCAAUUAUUUGCAUAUUAACUGUUGGAAAGUUUAGAAACUUUAUGCUAAUGCUGAAUGUUUAUAGUCUAAAAGUGAACUUUUGUGUCAGACGUGGGCAAGACUUAGCUUUGAACAAGAUGCAAGGGGUCGCAGCACUCAACAGUCUCCAGAGCAACUAUUGAUUCAGGAGGCUGGAUGGCAAGUUAGAAAAGUUCAUCAUUUACUAACACGGAGCACACACAUGGCUCAGAACCUACUUUAAGUUGACCCUCGUGGGGGAAAGGUGUCUUUUAAUUUAUUUUUUUAAGAAUUCAACUUAUUGGAUGAACUCACAAUCCCAUCAUGAUAGUAUUAUUUUUUUUAUUUCAUAUAAGUUGUAGAAUUAUAUUUAUUAAGGACAAAAUCACUUUUCAUGUUUGGAAAACUACCAUAAAAUAGAUGAUUUUCACAUUUUUUAAAUCUCUAAACUUAUUUCCUUCAGCCAUAAAUGACGUUUCAGCACCGUGUUGCGCCUCAGAGAUAAUUUCAGCUAAAACAAAAGUUGCACCUUUGCUCUAAUUAUAAAAGCAGAGUGGCUGUGGCAGGUCUGUGCGGUAAAGCAGAGAUAAGUCAGAGGCAUUAUUCCUCUCUGCUCCACACCCUCCCCUUCAAAGCUCAGGGAUGUUGCUACACAACAAAUUAAUGUGAGCAAUGUCUGCCACCCAGGAGCUGUCCAAGGUACCAGCUUUAGCAGGAAAUGUCAUUAAAAACCACACAAACUCCUCUUUUAACACGCAUCAUCUAUGCUGGAGAUUUAAAUCUCUCUUGUGUGCUUCAAAUAAGUUAUUUCAAAAAUGAAAAUCACUUUAAAGUUUAAAUUCUAAUUUCCCUCUGGGAUUAAUAAAGUAUUUUUGAAUUUGAAUUGAAUUGAAAUAAAUUGAUUUUAUUAUUUACAUGUCAUGAAACUCGUCAAUCGUGUUCGCUCGACAUGUUUAUGAAAUACGGUGUUACCUGUUUUCGCCUCUGCUCAAACUUCACUUAGUUAAUCCUGAAAAAUGAAUUAUGUGGAUUUAAUUCAACAAGGUCUCAGAAAUGAUCCAUCUGCUGUUGAGCAGCUGGCGCUAGGAUAAAUGUAAUUAAUUACUUAACUUUUCAAAAGCUGUACAGAAAAACAGACCUGUUUGUGUUUCCCACAGGAAAAACAAAUGUAAUGUUUGCAAUCUUUUUUUUAAUCUACAUAACUUUAAUGUUCCAGGUUUAGUUUGUGAUUAGUUUUUAAAUUAGACCAAAUUUCUGGGAUGCUGGGAAUUUAUUCCAGGUGCCAUAUAUCACUUGGAACAAUUCUAGAGAGACGCGGACAUUAAAAUAAAGCCAAAGAUGAUAAAAAUUAAAAAAUGAAAGACAAUUUUGUGUUCUGAAAUGGACAUAAAUGACCUAAAAUUUAAACAUUUUCUGCUUUGUUCUACACAAGUGGACUUAUUCCACCCAGACUCGCACAUUUUUGGCAUUUAAUAAUAAUUAGAAAAUCUUAUUAAAGCGUUUGAGUCGUGUUUAAUGUCAUUUACAUUUUUCUAACAUGAUCUAAAAAUGUUACCAAUAAUUAAUCAGAUGGGAUUUUCCUGAAAAGAUCAUAAAGGACGGGGGAAAUAAAAUCCUUUUAAGCGAACACAUUUAAUUUCUUGAUAGGGCAAGGCGUUAAAAAGCUUUCCAAUUAAUGUUACACAGGAUUUUUUUCCCAUUCCAAAUAUUUCCAAAUUUACCUUGAAUAUGUUGUACCUCAUUGGCUGUGGUUUUGUUUGUUGGCCUAACUAUAAAGGAUCUGCUUAUACCCUUGUGGGUUGGGAAGAAUUAGGAUUUAUGAAUUUAUUUCCUCUGUUGUAUUGUUUAAACAGCUUUGGUUUAGUUUUGAUCCCUUCCUCUUGCCUUUGAGGCUGUUCCACGGUGUCAGCUGUUGACUGAUAGUAAGAGAACUGCCUCACAGUGUGAAUGAAAGAAAACUAGCGGUUGGUAAACACUGAUAAGGGAUAAAUAGAAAGCGGUCAGGCAGAGAUAGUUCUGUGGGAGCCCAGAUUGUGUGCGGUCUGUUAAAAUGAGAUUCUGAGCCUGUCCUUUUUAUUCUUCCUCCCCUCCCCUCCCCUGAGCGGCGUUUGUCUGGAAAAUCUCCAGUGACCCGGCUCGGCAGUCCCAGGCUGCAGCAUUCUCUUUUUGUAUUUGUUUUGUUUUCUAACAAGGGUCAAGUUGGCCAAUAGACAUGUUCCCUUACGCUUAUAGACAGCUGUCAUGACUUCAUAUUUGUAUAAUAAUGGCGGUUUAUUUUUUUUGCAGAAUUGCCUCAGCAUUGCAACAAUUAGAUUAUUAUUGAAUAAAAUAUAAUAAAUAAAAUGUUUUUAUGAUAUUUUCAGACUUUUUUUAAAAAUUGUUUUUAAAGCCUAAUUUGUUUUCUUAAAGUCUAAAUAUCAAAUAACACUUGCUUUAUGGUAGGAAUGAGGAUAAAAUCACCUUUUUGUUUUUAUUUUUAUCACUGUACUCUGAUUUUUUUCUCCUGAGUUGAUUUUAUCUUUUAUGUCAUCAAAAAGACCUUCAGAGAUUUUACCUUGAGGAUCACCAUGUGGUGUAUUUACACAGAAAAUAAUUCAGCCCAUUGUAGCUCAGCAGCUAAUGAGAUUGGUUGUUAAGUGAAUGACACAAAGGCUACGGAGAAAAAAAAAAAGAAAGACAGAAAAAAGCUCUGCAUUUCGGGGGAAUAUCACUGUGUCCCUGCACACUUACACACACACUCACACACACUCACUCACUCGCAGCAGCGAGGCUGUGGACUACCCUGUACCCCACCUCGACAUCCUUCUGCUCCAUCUCCUCCCUGAUGUCCCUGAAAGAUGCAAAACAAAGGCUAAAAAGGGGCACGUUGAUGAUGAAUUAUACGAUCCCUUCCUGAGAGAGAGCAAGUGUGAAAGCAUCAGCCAGGGUGAACUGACUGGAUCUGGCGUCUUAUCCUACAGAGAACUUCACUCAAAGAUGGACUCUGAAGGUGAGGAGCAAACCUUGAAAACAUGCAACAGCAGCACGGGCCUGACUGAAUCCAUCAACGAGAACCAAAGCCCAUAUGGGUCCGUGGCGAGGAAGAGGAGCGCUCAGGAUGGGGUGCAGGGUGCCCCAGUCAAUAAGAGAAAGUCGCUGCUGAUGAAGCCCCGCCACUACAGCCCCAGCGAGGCAUGUGAAGAGGAGAGCGAGGACCUGGCAUCGUCACAGGACAAAGAAGAGCCGAGGAACACUGACACUCCAGCAGCAGUCAAUGGAGUUGGCAGCAAAAAGGGCUUCAGCGAUGCUGCGUUAACGUCCAGCGGUUUGCUCAGAUGGCCUGAAAUGUCCAACGGGUCGCCGCAGGGAGAGCCAGGCAUGCCCCGGCCUCUGUUGGUGGAAGACGAUGAGGAUAUUCCUAACAAUCAAGAAGACCAAAGUCAAGACAGGAUGAGUGGUGCAUCCACACCACAGAGUCCGUAUGAAGACAUGAGGUGGGAGCCUCUGUCUCUGUCUGCCAAGGACAACAGCUCAAACUGCAGCCCCUCUAGAGCCUCUGAAGAGCAUUCAGGCAGCAACGGCCACACGAAAGAAGGGCUGGUUCCAGAGUUGGGUGGUCCGAUAGGUAGAGCAAGUGUUUUUCAAGCUGAAGCGUUAAGAUACCAGCUGCUCCCCACUGAGGAGGACAGCGAUGGGGAGGCAGAGGCGGAGAGGCUGCCUCGGCUAGACAGCUGGGCGAUGGGCCUCCACGAGAGGGGGCUCGAUAUGAGUCGAGGGAGAGUAAACCUGAGUCUGCUGGAGCAGGCCAUCGCUCUGCAGACCGAGCAGAGGCAGGUUCUGCACCACGCCUACAGAGAGAUGGACCGCUUCCUGCUGGAGCAGAUGACCAAUGAGAGACGGCACCAAAGGAUGAUGGAAAUGGACAACAGGCUCAGCUACAACGGAGGGAAAGAUUCUCCACGGACAGAUAAAAAGGAUAUAAAGUGUCCAACUCCCGGCUGUGAUGGUACCGGUCACGUGACGGGCCUGUACCCACAUCACAGGAGUCUGUCUGGGUGUCCUCACAAAGUCCGAGUCCCCCCAGAGAUUCUGGCCAUGCAUGAAAACGUCCUCAAGUGUCCCACACCUGGGUGCACCGGACGGGGCCAUGUCAACAGCAACCGCAGCACCCACCGGAGUCUCUCUGGCUGCCCCAUCGCUGCUGCAGUGAAGGUGUCCAAACCUCAGGACGAGAGCCUGAAAUGCAGACAAACCCCCGACCGCUCACCAAAGUGCGAUGCCAGGACCCUCAGUUUGAUAAAGAAAUUCGAAAUGGACCAGUUGAACUACCGGCUCGCUCAUCCGGUUGCAGCCUUGCAAAACAGCCUGGCGAAAGAUGUGGUCAACUACAGCAGAAUCCGUUUUGAUUACGCCAGCUUUGAUGCACAGGUCUUUGGCAAACAGCCACUACUGGGGACCAACCAGGACCAUGACGUGUCCCAGUUCCCUGACUCACCUCAGCAGUAUCCUGGCGUUCUUGGAGCUCCAGGUGGCCGUCUGCCCGUCUCCGGUCAACACAGCCUACUAAGUCAAUUCAGAAGGGAAGACGGUCUCCAGGCUGCAGCAGCAACAGCCGCCAUCCUUAACCUUUCCACCCGCUACCGGAAGAACAUAGAGACCAUCAGCGGCCAGGCCCUGGCGUCCUCCACAAAGGAUAUGCUCAUUGAAGUGGAUGAAAAUGGCACUUUGGACUUGAGCAUGAAGAAGUGUAAGGAGAACGGCAAAGCCCCGAAUAAAACACCUCCAGACGACCCCGUGUCCCCUCCUGAGUCCGCCAUGGUGAAAAGCGGGAGUGUGCUCAUCAGCCCCACCUUCUACCAGCCGCUGUGUGACAGAGACAGCUGGGAAAACGCCAUCCCUGUCAACUUCAGUAAAGCCCACAUUUUACAGGGCAAAGAGGACGAUUACGAUCAGGUGUCCUUGGAGGACCAACACUAUCAAGGAGACGGCAGCAUGUUAAGCCCCAAAGCCAAGCUGUUGUUACGAGAUUCAAAGAAAGAGCUCCUGAGCUGUCCGACCCCAGGCUGUGACGGCAGCGGCCACGUGACGGGGAAUUAUGCUUCACAUCGGAGUGUGUCUGGAUGUCCACUGGCUGACAAAACGCUCAAAUCACUGAUGGCAGCCAACUCUCAGGAACUAAAGUGCCCAACACCUGGUUGUGAUGGGUCUGGACAUGUGACUGGGAACUAUGCUUCGCACAGAAGCUUGUCAGGAUGUCCCCGUGCCAGAAAAGGAGGUUUGAAGCUCACACCAAACAAGGAUGACAAAGAUGAGCAGGAGCUUAAGUGUCCAGUAAUCGGAUGUGACGGACAGGGCCAUAUAUCGGGAAAAUACACAUCCCACCGCAGUGCGGGCAGUUGUCCGCUUGCUGCCAAAAGACAGAAGGAGUCGUCUAUCAAUGGGCUGCCCUUUGCCUGGAAGGCCAGUAAACAGGAGCUGCCCCAUUGUCCGCUGCCUGGCUGCAACGGCCUUGGACAUGCCAAUAAUGUAUUCGCCACUCAUAGAAGCUUGUCAGGUUGUCCGCUGAAUGCACAGAGCAUCAAGAAAAAGCACUCCGAGGAGGAGAUGAUGACUAUCAAACUGAAAGCCAGCAGUGGUGUUGAAAACAAAGACGAUAUUCAACAUCUGGAUCAUGAAAUCAUGGAACUGAACGACUCCAACAUGAAAAUAGAAGAAGAUAUGAUGCAACUCCAAACCCAGCAGAUCUCGUCGAUGGAAUGUAACCUGAAGACAAUUGAGGAGGAGAACAAGAUGAUCGAACAGCACAAUGACAGCCUCCUGAAGGAGCUUGCUCGCCUUAGCCAGGCCCUCAUUAACAGUCUAACAGAUAUCCAGCUGCCUCAAAUGGGACCCAUCAGUGAGCAUAAUUUUGAAGCCUAUGUGAACACAUUAACUGAUAUGUACAACAACUCAGAGCAUGAAUACUCCCCAGAGUGCAAGGCCCUCUUGGAUAAUAUCAAACAGGCUAUUAAGGGCAUCCAUGUUUAAGCUGUAGAGCUACCAAGAGGUUUCUUUGACUUGGGAUAAUGGUACUAGAUAGCUCUAUUUCACUGAAGAGCGCCGGCUCGGCAGCGUGUAUAAGACGAGGCUUUUGGAAAUGUGCUUGGCAUUUCCCGGUAAACACACACAUGCAUACACACACACCCACACACACGCUCAACACACAAUGCACUGAGAAAAUUACCAGCCAGAUCCGUAAUGCUUUUACUGUUUCUCGAUAUGUUUAUCCUGGUGAGAUUUUUUACCCCCCUCUUGCACUUAAUUAUUUUGUAUGGUUUGCUUGAUUUUAAUCUGUAUGUGUUUGCGUCAUUCUUAAAUUAUGGCUAUUUAUGAUUAUAUUUGUUCAUCAGUGUAUUUAUUUCCUUAAAUUUUUAGUUAUUUCAAAUUGUAAAUGCUUAAAAUUCCACAAAUCUGUUGGGACUUUCUGCACAUUGUAAAUGACACAGAAGCACAUUCCAGUUUUAUGGCGCGCUUUCGCCAUCUAGUGUUAAAAAAACUAUUAUAUGGUUAAAUCAUGAGUUGGAUCGCCCGUUAAAGAGGGAGAAUAGACCAAAACUGCGACCGUUUAAAGCAUUGCUGUUUGCUUUCUUUAUUGGAAACUGAAUGUACUGCUUGGCAAAGUGAGAUUUAAAAGUAAAUAACAAUAAUAAAGCAAUGCAACAGUACUGUACCGUUUUCACGCCAAUAAGAAUGGAGCAAAAACAAAACAUCAUUUGAGGACCUGAACGUCAGAUUCUGCAAGAAGAGUGGAAAGAAAAUCAAAACUUCACUUUGUCAAGAUGUCUUUCUUUUUAAAAAACAAACAAACAGAUAGUUAUUAAACUGCCUUCUGUGCACACACAUUGAAGUGUGCAUAUAGUAUGUGCCUAAAUGUAUAUGAAUCCAUAAAAAUAUACAAGUACUAUGUUUUGUGGUAGGACAGUAUUAUGUGGAUGGUGUCUGAUUUAUUAUACAGUACAAUUAUUUUCAUAGGAGGACUCGUUCCUGAUGACUGUUUGAAUACCGUUGUUUCAGUAGCUGUAAUCCCUGAUCGGGUUGGAAAACAUGACUGAGAUUAAAAUCUGGUGUUUCGUUUUAUUCUUAUUAUUAAUUUUUACAAGCAAGAAAAAAGAAGGGACAAAACAAAUGACUCCAGUUUCAUUUAAGACUAACAGGCCUUAGCAUUUCAACAAUUUCCUUGGGACAAAUAUUCAAAAUGACCAGCAUUUCAGUUCUUCUUAAACAGAAAUGAUAAAUCUUAUUUGUUUUAAUCAAUGACACUUUUGUGAAAAUAUAUAUUGGAUUUUCUUCUUUUAAAUUUGUUUUUGUAAAGAAUUUUUUUAUGCUAAGAUUGAUUUGAACCUCCCAGUUUUAGUCUAAAUUAAACUGAGGUCAGAAAUCUGCACAUCAUCUAAGCAAUAUGUUUGUCAGUUCUGCAAAAGCAAAUGUCAAAGAGCCUGGGAUUGUAAAGAAAACAGCAAAAAAUGCCAAAUUUCGGACAGAUCUUAUCCAGAAUACUCACUCUUUUAAAUUAUUUUAAUCUUAAACUAAAAAAGAAACACUUUAAAUCUAACAAUAAUUUAUUUAUAAUUUCUAAUAUUUAAUUACCACACAUUGUUUGCUCAGGAAGUUUUGUGAAUAACAUUUAUUUAUUUCCCCCGUUAGUAUUUGAUGUUUUGUAAAGUGAUAUUUUUUUGUUUGUGGAACGAUAUUAGUAUGAUAUGAAAUUGUACUGUAUUUUCUUUCUUUGUUUCUUUCUUUUUUUUUUACACGAAAAUGUAAUGCUUUUUUGAUUUGGGGUAGUUUUUAAAUUGAAACUUCCUAUUACUUUUACUAUUUCAUAAUAAACAGAUAUGCGCUGUGUUGUACAGUUUGUGUAUGGUAGAAAUAAACUUUUCAAAUGGUU